AUGGCUUCCUCAACAGCGCCCCAGCGUCAAAUCGAAGAUCAUGUGAAGGAAACCGAAAAAGAGCUCAUGGAUGACAUAUCUGAGACACUCAGGGACAAGACACCUGAUCGAUGCUUUCAGGCAAUAGCCGCAUUUGCGAAAGAACGUGCCAAGCAUGUGAAAAAGUACAAAUCACCCUCGCUGGGAGAUCCGAGCGCGAAGGAAGUCGCAGAUAUCUGCAGAUUCAUCAUCGAACCGAAGAAAGUGCAGUUGAAAGAGAUUCAGGAGACCAUAGACGCGAUUCCCUUACAUGAGGCAUUGCAGACCACCUACGAUCUCGCAACCGCCCUGCUCUCCAUGAUCAGCUUUAUUAGUAAUCGCUAUGGGGAAGAUCUAGGCGAAAAUUAUUUUGUCUUCUCGAAAGUCAUAUAUCCUCAACUGCGAGCCGGCGUUGAAUCUUUCCAUAAGUACCAACAGUCCGACCACAGGAUCGAGAAAUAA